CGGUAAGUACUCGUGGUAGCGGUCAUAUUUACACGUGUUGCAAGACUUGCGGUAUUAUUUGUUAAUUCGAUACUUUGUCGGCGCUUUGUGAAAUACAAGUGGUAAUAUACUUUGAAUAUAAAUUAUGUGCUUCAAUUUAUAAAAACGAUAAUAUUUAUUUAAAUUUAUAAUAUUUAGAUCUAAAGUUGAAUGUCAGAACUUGGUUCUUUAGUCAUAUAUUUAUGUUUCGAUUUAAUAUCAACUCAUCAAAUAUUUCACUAUAAAAUAAUGCGUUUUUAUGCAACAAUUUCUUUACUAUUCUGUAUUGCGACGUGAAGCUGCUCGUUAUUUUUGUUAAGUGAGGAAUCUGCAACUUUCAACUUCAUUUAAAAUGUCUGACUCCGAAUGUUCAGUAUACACGCGCACGCCCUCACCUGAACCGAAGAAGAUUGCUACAAAGAAUAUCAAGAAAAGGAAAUCAUCCUCAGCCGCAAGGUCCGAAGUUGAAACAGAAAAUCGACGGGUACUACAUUCAUCCUCACCAACACCUUGCGCGCAAAAGAAAAAAACAACCAAAAAAGCACGAACGUCAACCAGUGAAAAUAAGAAUGUUGGCUCUAGUUCUUCCAAAAAAUCGCCUGAAACCGAUAUCUUCAAAAUCAUAAGAGAAGAAGAGAAGAUCACCAGCGAGGGCAGUUCGAAAACCGUCAAGACAACAUCAUCGUUUACCAGCCGCGUAUCGACAGGUUCUAGUCGACGCACUACGAUAACAGACGGUAAUUUUUUCAUUGAUUUAAAAGUGUAUAACAUUAAUGAUUACCAAAAAUCUGAGCCUGAAGAACGUUAUAAAAAAGCAUUAGCGUCGGUUAAAUUGCAAUGUCAAGAGAAUUCCUCCGAGUGGAAUCAAAUACAAACGUUCUUAGGUCAAGCCUUUAAUAUUUUUGGAGAAUGUGAACCUGUUUAUUAUAAUAAUUAUAAAAAAAAUUAGUUGAAUAUUUUCAAAUCUCCCACAGUAAGAGAAUUCUAUUUAAACAAAAUUUUGUUAUUUUUUAUUCAAAGUUGUUGACAAAAUCAAGUUAUAGUUAAUAGCAAAGGUAGAUACCUACGUCUAUAACUAAAUCUCGAAUAUGGUUUUUGCAUUAAGAAUAUAAUAUAUUCGUAUAGCGUACGAUAUUAUCGUACGCUUAUAUAAAUAGUUUGUGUACAAAAAUAGAUACUUAAAUAUUAUAGGUUUUCAAUAUUUUAUGUGCGAAAAAGUUUUAAUGAAUAAAUACAGAAAUUAAUUUUUGUAAGAUAAAAGGUUACUUUCUGUUAAAUUUAAAGAAUAUUUUCGAAUGCGAUAAUUUAAUACUGCGACUUUAUUUGAUUUAUAUUUAUAGACUUAUACUACCAUACUUUGCAUAGUGUUAACAAUUCAUUGCAUUCUUAAUGAGAAGUCAGUCGAGUCAACUGUUUUGAUUAAUACAACGUAUGCUAAUAGUAAAUAGAUGUAUUAAAUUAGUGUUUGACAAAUUACGGUUUCAAAAUAGCCUAGUGAGUUUAGCUACAUCUUUUGCAUUAACAUAAUUCAUUAUGCCUUUCUGUGUACCGUGUAGUUCAUCUGUAGACAAAAAUAAAUGGACAGGUCAUCUUCGAAGCACUGCACAUAAAACAACUGUAUGUUCUAACAAAUUACUUAAUGAUGGUGUUGAAGUAGUAGAGUCUGCAUUUCGGAUGCGCAUUGCCACUUAUCGUAUAUCAGCAACCAACGACCAAAGUCUGGCGUCUGUCGAUGCGUUUAUGAACUCUAUUCGAAACAAAAUAAAACGGCUUUUAGAUAAUUCACUUACGAAACAUACGUGCGUAAAAGUAAAUUUCGAGCUCUUUGGAUUGUUUUUAAUGUUCAAAGAUAAUAGUCAAUCAAUAAAAUCAUUUGGAACUAAAAAUAAAAUUUUAUACUUAAGUUAUGAUUUUGAGUCACUGUUUUGCGAAGUUGUUAACUGUCUAAA